UGGAUCACGUGGGUGCGCCUUGCCUCUUCCUCGCCGCAGGGGGCCCGCCCGCGGGCAGGUUUCCGGUUCGGUGGGUCGGAGAUGACGGAGCCGGGCGCCUCUCCAGAGGACCCCUGGGUCAAGGCAAGCCCCGUGGGCGCGCACGCCGGCGAGGGGAGGGCGGGUCGGGCUCGUGCACGUAGGGGGUCCGGAAGACGAGGGGACUCCCUGCAGUCCCUAGAGCUCCCCCCGCUCUCCGGGCCCCGGGGCUGCAGAGAAGACAGCUCUCACCCGGCGUGUGCCAAGGUGGAGUAUGCCUACAGCGACAACAGCCUGGACCCCGGGCUUUUUGUAGAAAGCACCCGCAAGGGGAGUGUAGUGUCCAGAGCUAAUAGCAUCGGUUCCACCAGUGCCUCUUCUGUCCCCAACACAGACGACGAGGACAGCGAUUACCACCAGGAAUCUUACAAGGAGUCCUACAAGGACCGGCGGCGGCGAGCACACACGCAGGCCGAGCAGAAGAGGAGGGAUGCCAUCAAGAGAGGCUAUGAUGACCUCCAGACCAUCGUCCCCACCUGCCAGCAGCAGGACUUCUCCAUUGGCUCCCAAAAGCUCAGCAAGGCCAUCGUUCUGCAGAAGACCAUUGACUACAUCCAGUUUUUGCAUAAGGAGAAGAAAAAGCAGGAGGAGGAGGUGUCCACACUACGCAAGGACGUCAUGGCCCUAAAGAUCAUGAAAGUGAACUAUGAGCAGAUUGUGAAGGCACACCAGGACAACCCCCAUGAGGGGGAGGACCAGGUCUCUGACCAGGUUAAGUUCAACGUGUUUCAAGGCAUCAUGGACUCCCUCUUCCAGUCCUUCAAUGCCUCCAUCUCCGUGGCCAGCUUCCAGGAGCUGUCGGCUUGUGUCUUCAGCUGGAUAGAGGAGCACUGUAAGCCUCAGACCCUACGGGAGAUUGUGAUUGGCGUCCUGCACCAAUUGAAGAACCAGCUUUACUGACCGGCUCUUGGAACCUGCAGAACAGCCAGCAAGAGGCCUUGAGUCUCCUACUUGGCCAUGGAGCCACUGGGCUUAUGAGACUGGACUGUGACACCAUACACCAGUCAGCUGCUUUCUCCUUGGUAUUUGGCUUCCCAGCUCCCACUGACCCCACCACAGCCCCAUCUUCAAUGGGGCUGUGGUGUUUUUAUUAUGAAAGCUUUGAUUAAUUUAUUAUAUUGACCAUAGAUCUCAAACCUACCUAGUCUUCCCCUCUCCUCAUAAAAGUCCUUGGGAUUGGUGUCUGCUCUGGGCAACCCAAAGAGCUCCUGGCUUCUCCCCUUUUUCUAAGCCUCAGAUUUCUGCUCAUAUAUGGCAACUACUGUUUGCCUGUUUUGGUCUCUCGGGCAACAUUUAGCCCAAAUUUGGCCAUUUGGGCAGUAGGUGGUUGGGAAGAAAGGAGUAAGAGGAGAUACUCCCCACAGUCACGAAGGGGAAAGGUUGCUUCAUGCCUAGGCUAGGGUUGCCUGGUCAGCCCAAGGUGAGGCCAGAGUUUUCGCUGGCCAGCUCAGGGUAGGGCUGCCAGGUUCCUGCCCUCAUCUCCUACUCCACUGCCUCCCCUUCUUUUCUACUCUGGGCUGUAGAGGGAAGCAGACUACCCCCCACACCUGCCCUCUCUGUCCCCACAGGCAGUAGCACUGCACAGCAAAGCCGAGUGGCACAGCACUACAUAUUAAAUGUUUUUAUUUUUUUAAACACCAACAAUGCAAUUUUGCUAAAGUUACAAUUUUGGAAAAUUAACAUGCCUCAAGACCACUCUCAGCGUUUUUGUCAAGUGUAUCUGGGUCGUCACCAUCUCAGUGCUGCCUGCAUUUCUCCCAGGAUUUGGGCUGGGGUGAAGAGGUGUAGAGAAGAUACUCUAAAGGUCUCCUGGGGUUUAGAGCCCAAGGGAGUCCUGGGUGAGGCCCUGAGCUCCUUGAAUACCAUGCAUGGUAGCCUCUCUCUGCCCUUGUCCCCCAACCUCCCUUUUGCCUUCCUCAGGUUUGAUAUCCAGGAGGUUUGAUUAUCCAGAGGAAAUUAAAUAUUUUUAUAUCAAAUUAUAUUACAAUAAAUAUUGCUAAAUGCUUUCCUUUA